AUGUCCAGCCACGCUCCAUCAAUAGCCCCGUCAGCUGUCACGACGCUGAUAUCCUCACAACCACAACCUUCUACACCGAAUGUGGCUCUCUCACUCGAGAUACUCCAUAAUCUCGAACAUCAGCACCAGUGGACAGGUUUAAAAAUUCAUAAACCGUUCUCCCUUUCCCAGAAGCAGUCCGUACCGUUGAUAUCUGGGACCCCUCCCCAAUCCAUUUACAUCCACCCAGACGAACAGGCAUAUCUGUUGGAACAUCGUAUUCCCAUGAAAGACAUUCCAAAGGACAGGGAAUGGGUAAUUCCAACGGCUCAAGGAGAGAAAUGGACGUUAAGUCAACUAGCUGGCUUACAUGACUCCUUGCCUAGCCGGACGGAGGAUUUCCUGUUUGAUUCGGUUGAUUUGGAGGAAGCUACAAAGGAGAUACAAGAAUAUGUAAAGCUCAAAAAAGAAAAGCCUUGGGGAGGGAAGCGAGCCUUACUUGCCAUGGUAAAUCGAGGCUUGGGUGGAGAUGGAACUGUCGUAUAUUACGUGACGAUGGAAGGAACGCCAAAGCCAAGGCAAAACUAA